AGCACAGAGACAUGCCGGUGGUUGAAAUGCCUACUUCCCAAUGUAACUACAGUAUGCGAAGCGACAUCAUGACGCAUGUACUCUGAAUAUAAGUACCGUUUCCGAGUCCUUCCUUCAUUCCUUCCUUCCUUCCAUGAAGCUUUUUCGUUUUUCAAUUCCAAUUAUUAUAAAAGAUCGGACUCUAUGUAGGACCAUGCGAUUUCUCUUUCGGCUCUCCUUUUAUUCUUCUUCUCCUUUCCCUUGUACUUCCUGGCUAGCGGCAACUUUCUUUUAUCCUAGUCCAAGCUCCAGUCAAGGACAAUAAUGGGUCCUGCCCGUCUAUCUCGCCGCUCAGUCUCUACCCUUCUCGCGAUCAUGAUCCGCGACCGGUCGUCCCCGUAGAGCACCAAACACGAACACAAGCUUAUCCAGUCAACCCGGUUCACCGCGCAGAGAAUAUUCAGCAACCACGUGUAACAUUCUCGGAGCCAUCUAUACCUCCUCCCUCACCACCGCCCUCGCCGCCACCUACGCUGGGACUGAGCCAGUUCCUGUUUUCUGACACUGAUAGAAAUACGUGGACGAGCAAGAAUAAUAAUAUGAUCAGGGAAUUGUUCCAGUGCCUCGAGCAGUCGAAUUGUAAGAAGAAUCAGAGAGAAGUUGUUAUCCUGGGCUCUUAUCAUUUCCGAGGUGCUCUGGCUGGCUGGACAGGAGGAGAGGACAUUUGGGCGAGGUCCACAGUCCAAGCCCUUCAGAACAUGCAUUACACAGUCUUGUAUGCGCUGAACCUGGACCGCGCGGUACAGCUAUACCAAAUGUUCCCCCAGCUGGUCAAAGCCGUCCUAGUCGAAGGCUCCGAAACCUGGGGCUGUUUCAAAGACACAGAAAACUGCGUCAAAACCGAGGACAACCCUCAAGGCAUCCCUAUCUGGAAGAUAUUUACGUUCUCCUUCUGGGCUCAACCUGAGCAUCCACUCGGUGCGAAAUGGACCCUGAGCCCCGAACCAUACACACUCGACGGUUUCGCCCCAAACACCUACCUCGGCUACUCCAUCGAGUCUUCCUGCCUCGCCCAUCGGUUCGUGCCUCAUGACCAACGACCCGACCAGGCCUAUAUCAUGGCCAAACGCCUCGCGUAUUUCCUUCCCGGACCAGAGCGUGCCUGGGAUCCAGAGUGGUAUGCACAGGUGUCACAGGGGAUGCAGGGUACGGGCGUGGAUGCGGAUGUGGAUUUCGUGGUAGGGGCGAGUAAUGAUCCGUGGAGAGAUGGGGAUUUGGAGGUGACACUGCCGGAGGGGUUGACCAAUGUGGGACAGUUGCCGCAGAAGGAGUUUGUGGAGAUGAUAGCACAGUCGAAGGUGUUGAUAGGUGCGGGCCAUCCGAAGACGUCGCCUACUCCUUAUGAGGCCCUCUGUCUGGGUGUCCCAUUCAUCAACCCUAUCCUUCAUUGGAACGAGGACAACAAAGCAGAUCGUCGCAGCUGGGACUCCCAACACAGCCUCCUCAAAUACAUGGACCCUCCGUAUGUCUACAACGUCCACAAAGACGACUACGCAGGCUUUGCCGCCGCCAUCAAAGCCGCCCUCGAGACGCCUAUCGAGAGAACGAUUCUUGAGCGUAUGAAACUGGACGCAAUCGAGGAGCGGUUGGAGAUGAUUUUGAAGGUGGAUUGGCGGGCGGAGAUGGAGAAGGUGUUGGAGGAGGCGAGGGCGUCGAGUUAG